AUGCGUCAGAUUCCUGUUGAUGGAACAGCGUCGCCUACCGAGAAUGACAAUCACCGGUUGAUGUGCGAGAAGGAGGACGUGGACCAGGAGUCAAGUGCAGACUAUGAUGGUUGCGUCUCCUACUAUGGGAGAAAGGAGGCCGAAGUGGCUCGGCAACUGGACAGCGCGAUGAGCGAAGUGAUGAGUCGACUGCAGGACGAGAGGCUGAAGACUGAGCGAGCAGCUUUGGAGGCUCGGCAGCUACGGGAACAGCUCGAAAAAUUCGAGAUGGCGGCCCAGGCGGCGCCGCCGCUCCCGAUUGGUGCAGCGGCGUCGGCUCGGGAUGACAGUGUCUUGGCGACUUUGGCCCGAGGCAUAGAAGCGCUACUGCAACAGCAACAGCAAGGACCCCGGCAUGAUCGUCCCGAAACGGUUAAGCCGGGCAUCUCUGAACUUCCCCACCUUCCGGAGUACCAGCCGGCGACGGGGUCGAUAGACUUGCUUCACUGGUUGACGCACAUAGCACCAAUGAUGGAGGAUUUGUCAGAUACCAGCUUGCUUUGGUGGCAGCAGACGGUCAAGGACGCCCUCACAUGGUAUGCCCAGUACUCAGCGGCUCCGCCGUUAGCGCGACUGCAGCUUCGUCCUCGACCAAGUCAUGACCCUCGUCCUGAGUGGGCUAGGGUUGAAAGACGGGCUACAGCAAUGAUGUUGAGUGCAAUCCCAAAGGCGAUCCGCGAGGAGGUAAUCGCUCAUGGGCAGAUGUCAAGCUUGGAUGUGCUGUGCAAACUGUACUCGGUGUACCAGCCGGGUAAUCUGCAGGAGAAGCCGUUGGUUCUGCGGAUGUUGGAGCAGCCUGAGGAAUGCACCACGGCGCUUCAGGCAGUUGAGGGGCUUCGGAGAUGGAGCCUGUGGAGACGGAGGGCGGCUUCCUUGGGGAUGACGGAGCCCGAUGCGUCGGUUCUGGUGAGGGGCUUGGACAAGAUCACGGCGCCCAUCAUCCAGGGGAGUGGCGAGCUAUCGUUCCGGGUGAGUUUGAUCAGAAGUACUCUGCAGGUGGAUGUGAGUCCCUCUUCGUCUACGGUGACCACCUUUCACCAGCACCUCCAGGCCGAGAUGGAACAGCAGGCCAGAUUGGGAGUGGCCAAAGGGAUUUCGGAUGUUUCUCCUGCGAUACGAGCGGUUACCACUGGCACCACCGUGAGGGAGUGUCGAGCUCCCGGAGGUGGCCAGGCAAAGUCGGCAGCUUCGCGUACUGAGGCGGCGGGUCCAGGUGAAACGGGAUCUACGUCACCAACGGCUUCUGCUUCGGACUCACCGGCGAGGAAAGUGAAGUUUGAUGGGGAGCAAGUGCAGGCCAAAGUGUUUCAAGUCCUCCAGGAGGUGAAGAACAUUCCUUUGUUCAGGUCAGUGAUGGACACGGUGAGCCGGUGGGCGUCCCAACCAGUACCGCCUUCCCCUAGGGCACGAUCGGCUUUGUUGGACUCAGGUGCAACCCAUGUUCUACGUGCGCCUGCUGAUGAUCAAGAAUGGGACCGAGCCAAGGAUGUGAAUGUUCAGCUAGCGGGCGAUGGCUAUGCGGCCAUGCGGCAAACACCCGCAGGUACGAUACUCAACGAUGACCAGAUGGCUCAGGUGAUUGUGCCGUUGGGCAAGGUGAUUGCCAAUUUGGGUUACCGGUUGCAUUGGACUUCCAAGGAGUGCUACCUGUACGGCGAGGACGGUGAGAUCAUCAACUUGGAGGUGGUCCGCGGAUGUCCGGAGGUGAGUGAAGAGGUUGCAAAGAAGUUGAUUAUGCGGUUAGAGGAAACUCAACUUCCUCAGCUUCAGGAUGCCACUGCAGCCUCGGCUAAGGCGCUCAGCUGUGUGACGUCGAGUUGGUGGGUUUGUCUCAUGGAGUAUGUGAUGACGGGCAGCAGUGAAGCUGCUAGGAUGGCAAUCAACAAGGCCCCCUUCUUGCUGUACAAGGAUGUGUUGGUGGAGGCCCUGGCAACUUCAAGACCGCGGAAGGGCAUCUGGGAGCUGUUGAAGGCCAUCAAUGUGAAUAGGCGAACUCGCAAGCGCCUGAUGAACUCUUCCUCGUGGGUGAUUCGUUGGGAUCCUCCGGCGGUAGAUCGACCUCGGGAUGCCUUGAAGCAUUUAGGAAUGGCCAAGGAGACCAUGUACAUCAACCUGAACACCUUGCUGAUGGAGAAUGAGUUUGAGGAUGUGUGGAAGGUUGUGCUAUGGGGUGCAAUGGAUGGAAAGAUCAGCACCGUCGUGGCAAAGGACAGUUUGGGGUCUCCGAUGGACCACGUGGUAGCAGCCCCUCAUCGCAGCAAGGUGCAUUAUCUACAUGCGCUGGCGACGGCAGGUCGGACUGCCCAUGGUCAGGGUGCUGUGAGAUUGUUGGUGGAGGACCUCCAUCGAGUUCAGCGAGAUCAGCGCGAUGGUGUUGAGGAGAGUAUGUGGCCGGCAUGGUCAAUGUGCAAGGAUGCCAAGGAGUACAUGGCUGAAAUGGGGAUUGUUGAUAUCUCCAUAGCUGAGUUCACGGGCGAGAACUAUGUGAGGGUGGCCCGUCUUGAUGGAGAUGCAGCGUGGCGCUUGCAUGUCAUGCGGGGGCAUCAACCCUUUCGUCGAGAUUGUUCGGUUUGUGUUCGCAACAGUGCCACAGGCAAGCAGCACCGAACAACUAUGCACCCGAUGGCCUACACGUUGAGUGUAGAUGUGGUGGGACCGUUGAAGGAGCAUGGGAAGUCACCAGAUGGGAAGUUCUUCAAGUACUUUGUCAUUGGCGCCCUGAGAAUACCUAAGGUCGAGGGUGGUGAUGGACAUCCAGAAGUUCACGGGCAUCCCAUCCCUCCAGAUGGUGUUGAUGAAAGCGAGAAGGAGAUCCUCUCAGAGGAGGAGCGCGACGAGGAGGAGGCUGUUUCCGAGGGUGACUACUGUGAUCCUGCUGAGGUCGAAAAGGAGAACGAGCGGUGGAAGGAGUUGAAGGCUACGUUUAAGGAGCCCAUUGCUACCACCACCUUGUACUUUGCGGUUCCUGUUAACAACAAGAAGGCUCCUACGAUGCUACCGGCGGUGCAGAAGAUUGUCUUGGAUGUGAAGGCCCUUGGCUACCCGGUCACAAGGUUGCACAGUGAUCGUGGUGGUGAGUUCAGAGGUCACUUGGUGCGACGCUGGGCCUUAUCCCAAGGCAUGUGGCCUACUACGACAUCGGGGUCGGAGUCGGCAUCCAAUGGAGUCGCUGAAGCAGGAGUGCGAUACCUAAAGCGCAGAGCUAGAGUGCUACUGGAUAGCUCAGGGGUGGGUCGGCAGCACUGGCCUACGGCGGUUCAGCAUGCAGCAGCUCAACAACGUUGCGACCAACUUGGAGUUCUACCUGCGCUCCCUGUCGCCUAUGGUACCAAGGUGUAUGUGAAGACCAAGAAGUACAAGACUGGUGCAGUUGAAGACUUUGGACCGCAUUGGACCCGGGGACGGUAUGUUGGACCGUCCACAGACAUUCGAGGAGGUCAUGUUAUACUGAAGGACUCGGGCACCUUUGUACAGACCACCCACGUGAGAAUUACCAGGGAGCCACCCCCCUUGGAUACCAUUGCACCGACUGUGGUUGUGGAGCCUGAAGCCAUUGAGAGUCCGGUCCCUGGAAGGGAGGAACCUCCUCUACCACCACCAGAUAUCCCUCCACCUGAAAGGAGGCUCCGAGCGAAGACUCCGCGGGCCGCGAAGCUUGACGAGCUUUAUGAGCCUUGUGUUGAGCUGUCUGAGGCUACCCAGGGCAUAAAAGGUUCGUUCGAGGAGGAGCUCGAGUUGAAGUACCUCCGCCUGGAGGAGAUUGAGUACCUGGAGGGUGUUGCGCGUGGCUUGUAUGAGGGUAAGAAGUUCUCCAAAAAUGAUGGCCACAAAUUGUUGAGUUUGUUUGCGGGGACCUGUGGCAAUUUGAAGGUCCCACGUGCUCCUGAAGGGCAAGGCUUGGUGCUGGGUGCCUUUGUUCAUGGAGGGUCAUUUGGAGUGACUCGUUAUGGUCGAGACCUACCAUGGGUCAUGAAGUACUUCAACACGUACCUCUAUGAAAGGAUGAACGCUCGUUGGCCACAUGUGCGUCCCACUUGGACUACUCUAGCCCUUCAAUGUGCAGAGACUAUUCCUCGUCACCGUGAUGUUCACAAUGAGAGAGCGACGUUUAACUACGUUGUGGAACUGAAGGCUGAGGAUGAGGGAGGGCUGUGGGUUGAAGACAAGGGCCUCGAGCGCGGUGUUGUUGGAGGUGAACGUUUGGAAGACUUUCAGUAUGAGGCGGAGGACGGUGCGGUGUAUGACGGUUGUGUGGUUGAUAUCACAGAGCAGCCAGCGGCAUUUAGCCCUAUGACCCCGCACGCCUACGUCACGAAUGGUCACCGACGGUGGUUCUUGAGUGCCUACACACCACAGGGGUUUUCUCGGUUGAGUCUUGGUGAUCAACAAUAUUUGCAACGUGCUGGGUUUCCUCUUUGUCAAAAAGAUGAAGAUAACCAUGGAGUGCGGGAAGAGGCUCCUGCACUAAAGGCUGCUGACUUACCUUGUGGGACUACGUUGAGCGGAGCUCAUGGUGCCCCUCGAGAUGUGGAAGUAGCUACUGUGGGUGAUUGUGAAGGAAGCUUCAGCGACUGGGCCAUCUACGUUGAGGACUAUGUCGAGGAGGAGGCAGAUCCAGGAGAAUGUGAGCAAGUACGAUGCUUGAGGAGGAUUGGUUCUUCCGAUGAUCCUGGUGAUGAGCUUUGGUCUUUGGUUGAGGCGGAGCUGUUGUCCGAGGAACAGGUUGGCCCAGAGGUUGUUGAGAACUUUGGUGAGAGGCUGGAGCAUUGGAGCUCUAUGGGAACUUUGGAGGUUCCAAGGAUUGCAAAGCUCGAGCCUGAGUACUCCCCAGGCAUUGAGGAGAUCAUCAAAGGAGCAGUGGAGCAGCGGUGUCCGCUUCGCCAUACCUACAAUGUGAGCCCACAUGAGGCUAAGGCGGAGAUUGAAAAAUGGCGGGCCGCGAUAGCCAAGGAGGUGGGAGUCGUUGAGAAGGGAUUCAAAAGGAUCCGGGCCGACGAGGUCAAUGAGAUGAAGAAGGAGUUCACUGUACAGGAGCUGCCCUCAAAGUUGGUGUAUACCGUGAAACCUCCGAACACCACACCUACUACAACUUCAGAUUCGGAGGAUGAGAGUUUGUACUGUCGUCGCAAGGCUAGGGUGGUGUGUUGUGGCAACUUUGCAGACGAGGAGGGUUCCGACCUCUUCGCCGGAGGCAUCGCCGCCAAGAGCAUGAGAUGCGUGCUCGUGUACACGGCAGACCAGGGCUGGAUGGUUGGAAUAGUUGAUGUUACUGGAGCAUUUAUGCUCACUCCGCUCCCCCAAUCACAAGGGCUUUGGGCAGACUAUCGCGACACCGAGCUGAAGAAUAUCACUGUGGAGUAUGACGACAAGGUCUAUGGGUUGAAGCAGGGUGCUGCAGAACCGAGUAUGUGGUUGGUGUAUGAAGUGGGAGCACCGCUAAAUCGACCCCCUGAAGGCUUGAUUCUGGUGUACGUUGAUGAUAUAAUGCUAUGCGGACCUAGAGGUUUGGUGUGUGCGGUGGCGGCUAGAAUUUCUCAGUUGUGGAAAACUUCGGAGCUGGAGUUGCUGACUGCAGAGCACGACCUACGGUUUUUGGGGUGUGAAAUAUCAACGUCCGAGGAUGAGAAUGUGUUCUACCUCCACCAGCGGCCUUACAUUGAUGAAAUUCUUCGCCAUCAUGAGGUUGCGGCUACUAUGCUGUCACAAGUGCAAGCUCCGCGAGAUAUGGUGACCUUUGAAGCCUUUGAAGGAGAAUCCCCGGGCACCCCCGAGGAAAUUAAGGCCGCACAACGGCUGUGCGGCGAGCUGUUGUGGCUUGCCCAGCGUUCAAGGCCGGACAUAUGCUACGUUGUCAGUGCUAUGAGUUCGCUUUUGUCGAGGGCGGCUGUUCGGUGUGUCGCUAUCGGUACAAGACUUUUGGCCUACUUGCAGCAGACUAAGAACUUGGCGCUGACGAUGAGGGCGACAACCAGCGAGCUUAUCGCCUACUCGGACAGCUCUUUUGCCCCGCAAGGGAGCCGAAGCUUCACUGGAGUGGUACUUAGUUGGAAGCGUUCGCCGGUGUCAUGGAGGGCGGCCAAACAGCCGUUCACUUGCUUGAGCACGGCGGAAUGCGAGUUGGUGGCGUCGAUUGAGGCUCUGACGAUGGCAAAGUCAUUGGAGGCGAUUGUCAACCAGCUGGAGCCGCAGCCCCGGACGAUCAUUCUGGGAAUUGAUAAUCAGGCGGUGGUGAAAGCGAUGUUGAUGUGUAUGGUGGUUCAGACUACCCGCGCUGAGGAGCACCCGGAGCCCCUUGCUAUCAAUACCUCCCUCGAGCUCUACGUGAUGAUCCUGGUGUUGGGCAUAGCGGUGGUUGGACUUUGGGAGUUCAUAUGGCUAUGCAGCCGCUUCACCUACCGGGACCAACCGUGGACCUCCAACUACUCCACCAAGACCAAGGAGGGCAUCCACCUCUAUGUCAUCAUUAUCAGCCCCCUCUUCGGUGCUGAAUUCCCCUAUGCCAAGGAGACCGUGUGUAGCUAA